AUCAUCGCCCGCCCAUGGGCGGCUGCGAAAGGCCACCUUGUUCUCUACCUUCAUAUUGUGUUUUCUCUACGCUUGCCCGGCUCAGAAAGACUUUGUUUUAAUAGCGGGACCGUUCAGCAAGCACUUUGCGCGCCAGAAUACCAGGACCAGCGCCCGCAGUACGCAGCAAUCCGCGGCCGAGGCCGAGGGCGUUCGGAAGGUCGAGAGACCAGUUGUGUCUCGCUAGGCUCGCCUCCUCGCCAUGGACGCUCGAAGACUUGGCAAACUUCCUGACCUUGGGUCUGGCUCGGGCUCCUCGUUACCUUUCGCUGUCCUACUACUUGCUGGCCUUGCGACUGUGGCUGCAACAGCGGUAUCCGCGACAUCAAUAUGUCUGCAUCUGAAGAACUAUCGCAAGCCAAUACUACAAAGACAAGUUAUACGAAUCAUGCUCAUGGUCCCGAUAUACGCCAUCGCAUCGUUCAUCUCGUUAUUCUCUCUGCAAGCCGCUUUCUUCAUUGAUGUUGUUCGAGAUAUCUAUGAGGCAUUCGUAAUUUAUUGUUUUUUCGAUCUCCUUAUUGCCUAUCUCGGCGGAGAGCGAUCUCUCCUCAUCCUCCUGCACGGCCGCCCUCCCAAAUAUCCGGUCUUCCCUGGGAAUCUGUUCUGGCGAGAGGUGGACGUCAGUGAUCCCUACACGUUCCUGUUCCUGAAACGCGGUGUGAUUCAAUAUGUACAAGUCAAACCGAUACUAGCGGUCGUCACUAUCAUUCUCAAGCUCGUGGGGAAGUUCAACGAGGGCAACCUCCGCGCAAACUCCGGGUACCUCUACGUGAGCGUCGUGUACAACUGCAGCAUAUGCCUGGCGCUGUAUUGCUUGGCAAUAUUUUGGAUGUGCGUCAACGAAGACCUCAAACCAUUCAGACCGAUGCCGAAGUUCCUGUGCGUGAAGGGCAUCCUGUUCUUCUCCUUCUGGCAGUCCAUCCUCAUCUCCAUCUUUGUGGCUGCCGGCGCGAUCAAGAAGCUCGGACCCUAUACGGACAGCGAGCACAUCUCGCUCGGGCUCACGGACACGCUCAUUUGCCUCGAGAUGCCGCUCUUCGCUAUCGCACACAUGUACGCGUUCUCGACGCGGGACUUUGUCGACCCGCGCAUGUCGUUCGUCGCACGCAUGCCCGUGUUCUACGCCGUGCGUGACGCAUUUGGGCUGAAAGACGUCGUGGAGGACGUCAAGGCGACGCUCCGCGGAGAGGGCAUGGACUACCGCGACUUCGAGCCCAGCGAAGGGUUCAUCCAUCAGGGCGCCGGUCGGGAUAGGCGAAUCCGAGCGGGGCUGCGGUACAGUCAGGGAGGAAAGAAGAAAUACUGGCUUCCCCAGCCUGCGCAGACUACGCGCCCCGCAGGCAGUGUCGAGCGUACGGUGAACCGAGCCGUCCAGCGCGUCGCGGGGGAGGACCAGAGCGAGGACGUCUACGCGCCUCUUCUCGCCGACCAAGCGCGCGACGUCGUCCACACCGCGCCCGACCUCCGCUCACCCACCGGGCAGGCGGAGCUCGGGCUCUUCGACCACGGGCCGCUGCAGGACGAAGAAAUCGGGCUGCCGUUCGGCGAGAUCGACGACGCGGACGAGGCGCUCUAUGUAUACAGCAAGAAGUACGUGUUCGGGGACUACCACUACCCGUGCGUGGACGUGAGCUCGGAGGCGGCGCGCAAGACGAUGUGGGACGAGGAGGAGCGGAUCCUCCGCGACGAGCGCGGCGCGUACUUCUCGCCCAUGCUCGGGCCCGCGCGGGUGCUCGGCCAUGCGCGCCAGAACUACGGCGCCAUGGGCAACUUCCAGCGGAGUGCGGUACGCGAGCGGGUCGCGUCGGACGCUUCGGAUGGGUCGCGGGGCAAGGGCAAGACGAGGGCGGGCAGGGAGGUGGUCAUCGAUAGGGAGCACGACCGAUUGCCGGAGGCCGGCAUGGGCGAGGUCAGGCUGCGGUGGACGAACAGCAACGAUCGCGUGGCCUCGCAGUCCCCUCGACUGGGCACGUCCCCUGCCGCUGCGCGCCCUGCAGCCGUGAAACAUACGUCUUCUAGAUCGUCUGGCGGUAGUCCUGCAGCGAAGCAGCCCCCGCCAUCGCCCCGAAAGGAGACUGAGCGGCCGGUGUUGCCGCCUGACGCGGUGGAUCUCAUCGUGGAGGACCCGCACGCAGCAGAGGAAGAGAAGAGCCACGAGCGGCGCAAGGGCGAGCCCGCCGUGCGUGGCAAGGCGCUUCACAAAGUCUACCGGAGGGGAUAUAUCGCAGAGAGCGAUCAGGGUCAUGAAGAGGGCGAAGUCGAAGUGGCGGAUGACCCUAUCUUCGAGGUGGGCGAGGAUGCGGAUAGUGUGCUGAACACGGAGGAGCGAGUUAUCGAGGAGGUGACGGUGGCGAAGGCUGAGACGCCGCCGCCAUAUGCGAGACCUGUCAUCUACAGCCCGGAGAUUCUCGACGACGAGAAUCCGUGGGCGUAGUACACGUUUUGUCUUCACGACGUUUUCUAACGACUUUCUAUCUGUAUCUCUUGCUGCUGUACGUUUCGCAUACAAGGGUGGAGGGAUUCAUGAACCAGCAAUAUCAUUAUUUUCUGAGUAA